UAUAAUUCGUAAACCGGAAGCACGUGUUGAUUUUCUCAUCUUGUUUUUUAUGUCAACAAAAAAUCCACAGCUGGUUGACAUGGCAACAGAAAACAGUACGGAUUACUUCUCAAGCUAUGAUAACCUCUCGGUCCACACUCUCAUGCUGAAAGACAAGCCUAGGACACUGGCAUACAAAGAAUUUAUUGAAAAGAAUCAAUUUCUAUUUCAAGACAAAGUAGUCCUGGACGUGGGUGCUGGUACUGGCAUUCUAUCCCUGUUUUGUGCCUCAGCUGGUGCUUCAGUUGUCUACGCAGUUGAAGCCAGCAACAUGGCUGAUCUGUGCAGCCAAAUCGUGAAAUGUAAUAAAAUGGAAGACAAAAUUCAGGUUAUCAAGGGAAGGAUAGAAGAAGUUGAACUUCCAAAGGACAAAGUGGAUAUCAUUGUGUCAGAGUGGAUGGGCUUCUACUUGCUUCACGAGUCCAUGCUUGACUCCGUGUUGUUUGCCCGGGAUAAGUGGUUGUCAGACACGGGGAUGAUGAUACCAUCACAUGCUACUUUGUAUCUGACUCCCGUGAACAUGUCUAAGUAUGUCACAGAAAACUUCAGGUUUUGGGAGAAACUGUAUGGUUUUGAUUUUUCUCCUGUGCAAACUGUUUCCAUGAUUUCUACACUUCAGCAACCAGUUAUUGAGUGUAUUGAACCAAAGCAGUGUAUGUCAGACCCGGAAAUUGUGCGUGAAUUUGAUUUACUCACUACCAAAGUUGAAGACUUGAAAAAUGUUCAAAACACCUUUACCUUCAAAAUGACCAAGUCUGGACUUGUACAUGCUUUUGCAGCAUGGUUUGAUGUUUAUUUUGGUGCUCCUACAGUGUCAUUACCUCCAAGAGUACCAGGGGAAGAGAAUCCCAGAGUUCACCUGGUGACCUUGUCAACCUCUCCAAUGGUGGAGGCUACCCACUGGAAGCAGACACUUGUUUUCAUACCAGUUUCAGCUGGAGUGGAUGAAGAAGAGACGCUGUCGUGUAAACUUGAUUUGUCACAAGAUGGGGCUAAUCCUCGAUUGUACAACAUCUCUAUAGAAAUGAGCGAGGAUCUGUCUGGAUCUGAGGAGUCAGAUGAGGAGGAGGAGGAGGAGGAUGUGUCAGACCACCCUCUUCCUUGUGACUGUGGUGCUGGUAAGUGUCGUCUGAUAGCAGCUCUGAUGCAGAAGUAUGAUGAUGAGCAGACGGCAUUGGAACAAGAAGCAGAGGAGAUGGAUGAAUGUGCUGCCAACGAAGCGGCCAGAAAUAUGGACAUGGUGGAAAGUGGCGAUGGACCACAUGUUAAUGGUUGUAAUGGUUGAAGUUCUCCGAUGUACUCUGUGUGCUUUCAUGUAUCGGGAAAUUAAACUGUGGAUCUGUACAGUUUUGAUAAGGGCAUUUUUAUAUACAAUAAAAGUAGAAAAAGAUGCA